AUAUCUUGUCACUGGAUUCCCUCUCCAUAGUGACAUAUCUAACUCUAGGUCACUUUCAAGUCCGCAUCCAUGGCGUUUCGAGGCGUACUUCUCCAGUUGAUCGAGGCCGAGAGCGCCGCCGGCUUCCGCGUUGUGGCGCCCGACGCCAAGCUGACGCUGCCGCCACGUCCCUAUCCGGCGUGCGAGACUUUUCUGACCAAAUGGAGCCAGCAGAAGCUCGUGGUGGCCGAUGCUGUGACUGACAAGUUGCUGCAAGUGGCGCGUCUGGCCACGAUGUCGCUACAGCGCGAGGAGCGGUCGAUGCUAUGGGGCGUCACGGCCCCUUUCGUGCCGCCAGAGAGCCGAACGGUGGGUGCCGCUCCCCUGGACAGCUACGUGGACAUUCCCCAGGCCGUCAAGAAGACACACGUACUCACAGCCUCUGCCAAUAGCAAGGACGCGACGUCGCUGGCAGCGGCCGUGGCGUCCCCUAAUAUGAUAGCCAAGGUAGAUGCCCCACAGAGACCCACGCUGAGGCCCAGAGGAGGCGCUGAUCCGCCCACAAGACUCUGCUACUGCUUCCACUUCCGCUCUGACUUUGAGUACGAACUAUUCGCACGCACGUUUGAGGCCUUCACACGUAUGCAGAGAUAUGCGCUACUACAAAGCUCAGUGGUGAUGGAGAUGGAAAUUACGCAGGAACACAAGAAGCGAAAGAUAGACGAGGGCGUCCGACUGCAGGCAGCAGCCAGUAAGGUUAAGAAACGAGAGGAGCGGCUGGCACUGAUCACAGUCAAGAAGCCGGAUAAGAAUAAGAACCAGGCCAAAAGGCAGGGCAAGAAGCCCGUGAAGACACAGAUGAAGAACAAACCCAAAAACAAGGGGAAGGUGAAGGCAGCCACGCCCCCGAGCAAGAUGAUCUGCGUCUUGUGUCGCAUGCAGAGGAAGCCUGACGCGCCAGCAUACCCGAAGCAUCCCUUCGUGCUCAAGGACGGCAAGGGAGAAAUGGUUCAUAUCUGCAAGGUAUGCUUGCAGCGGGUACUGCAGCAGCGCGUGCAGAAUCUGCCGGUCUCGAAGAGGGGUGGCCAAGACAAUUACUGUGGGCUAUGUGCCCUGUCGACUGAAGCCUUACCAGCCAAGUCUAAAAAGGCUUGCACACACGAAAUCUGCACGCGAGUGUACUGCUUGCCCUGCAUCGACAAACUGAUUGGCAGAGCGCAGUCUCACAAGGUGUGGCGGACCAAGAACUGGUUGUGUCCGAAUUGCUCAACAGAUGACGACGAUGAUGCUCCUCUUAGUGAGGAAGCGAGGGGGGCCGAAGCUGAUUCAACUGCAGCGUCCAAGCAGAAGAAGCGAAAGCGACGCAAUGAGAUUGAAGAUAGCACCACCGCAGACGAAGAUGAACCGGAACUGGCGAAGCAAAUCAAUUCGACGUCCGAUAUGCAGCCAAUUGACUAUUUGGUGACAUAUUUCAAGUUCUUGUUGGAGCGUGAGAUAACGGACGAGUUCGAGGAAUCGGAGGAUGUAUGCUUCUGCUGCAAGGAUGGUGGCGAUGUAAUCGAGUGUGACUGGAAGGGAAUGAAUGGGGCCUUUGCGCGCUGUCCCAAGGUGUACCAUGAAGAUUGCUUGGGCUACGAAGUGCCAGAGGGGAAGACGUGGGUUUGUCCGCGUCACCGCUGCCAGGACUGUGGCAUCAUAGCGCACUACUCUUGCCGCUAUUGUGUCACAUCCUAUUGCCAGGUAGGCUAUGCUUGUUAUUGCCCUGUGGUUGCCGUGGAAAUGCUGAUCUCUAUCGUGUAGGAUCAUUUGCCGAAAGAGGUGAAGAGGCUUGGCCACGCGACAAAAGACAUCCCCACGUCGACGUACGUUAUGUGCCCCAGGUGCACCCAGAUGGCAAAGGACGCGCUAAAGCAAAAGAAGAUUGAGUCGGAUCUCCAUUCCAAGCUCCUGCGACGACGGCGUUGAUUUUCCUAUUAUUCGAGUGUAAGGUUGCAAAAAUCUCUACUUAUCAGACAGUCUUCUAUACGACUUCACCACAGUGGACAACAGUUUCGCGUGCUAAGACAAAAUGAAGCUCGUGUUGGAGUAGUCCUCUAGCAGCGGGUUGUAUCUGAAUGUCAUCAAGACGUUUGUCAGCUAUGGAAUAUUUUCCAGCGGAAAGAUGGCAGCCACGUACCUAGUGAUUGUCUUGGUCUUCUGCACGUCAGCAAACUCCUUCAAAAAGUCGGAUGACUUCACGACUGAAACCUGCAAAUAACGAUCACCAAACUCAGUCAGCAUUUGAGUCUGGGUUAUCUACGCACAGCCCAACGUACCUCAUCAGGCUGGCGCUGGAGCGCAGAGCAAUACGCUCUCUUGAGUCUGUCGAAGUCUGUGGCAAAGAAGAUGUCGGCGAUCCCGCCUUGCACCAGGUACGUGUCGUGGUCCUUCGUCACACCUGCAGACACAAAGAGACAAGACUUCUCCAGUCAACAAAGCAGAUUUCCGUCUUGAUAUGUGCAGAUCUCCGUACCUGUGAGCUUGGACGCGACGAGCGGUGCAUUGCCGGCGAAGAGCGUUCCGGCUGAUGUUGCCGUGGCGCUGAGCGGGUGUUCAAUAGCUUUAAUCGGUGAGUUUUCAUCCAGAUUCGGGGCCGGAAGCGAGUCGAAGUCAGCAGCAAUGAGAUGGUGUUUGGGGAACGUCGUCCGGAGCGUGUUCAGCAGCUGCAUGGCGCCCGUCGGGACGAAAGCCGAGUUCAGCACUGGGUCGUCUUUGCCCAGCAUACGCCGCACACGCUGCGCCAGACCAGAGUUGUUCUUGUACGACACGUGCAGCGGCAGUUCGCACCCGAAGUAGCGGAGUGUCUGGCGGAUCAGCAUGUCCUUGACUGGACGCAUGGCUUCCUCCAGCACUGGGCCGGCCGCCGACUCGUCCGCCCCGCUGUGCAUCUUAACGAUGGUCUCGUACCACUUGCCGUUCUGUAGCGUGACCUUGUCAUGCGGCAGGUUGUCCAACACUUCGAGCGCCAGGAAGAAGCACCGCGAGCUGACGGGUGCGUGUGUGUCUGCGAAUGUCAAAAUGUCCUGGUUGAUGACCGUGCACUGCUUCGGGUGCACGGCGGCCACACGCUGGCGCUGCCUCUCGGCCAUCACGGGGCUGAUCUCGAUGAGCGUGUACUUGGUCUUAUCAUACACGUCUGGUGCCUGCUCCUUGAGGUAAUUGAGAAUGUGCAGCGCGUUGGACCCAGAGCCACCGCCGAUCUCGUAGACCUCGAGCUCCUGGCGGAAGAAUGGCGAGUUGAGCAUGUAACGUGCCAGCGCCUGCGAGUAGUACGGUGCGAACACCUCCACGGGCGUGAGCCAGGCCUCGGGACUCUCCUUGUAUAACUGCGCUACUACGUUGCGAUACUCGCCGGCGCCCCAAAGAUUGCCGAAGUCGAUGCUUUGGGUCGGAGCAUGGAGCACUUCCCGUUGCGGGGUCGAGAAGUAUCCUGCCUCCUUCGCGUACAGCGACGCAUAUAUGAACUCACGCGUCAACACUACAUCCGUAUCAUCAGGCUCAACAGAAGAAGAAAAGGCCCUCACUAAUGCUGGUCGGAAGCCGCGCCGCCGAGCAGCUCCACCGUACAAGCUAAGCAUAUCACCAGCAAUGAAUAAAACACGAGU